AUGUGCGUCGCCCGGGGCAGAGACGAAGCAAGGCGGGAGCCUCCAGGCGGCUCGGUUCUUCUCAAGUUGCUGGAGAAGGAGAACGAGAGAAGCGCUCUUCUUUCUGACCAGGCUUGUGCUUUAAAGUCUUCAGAUUCAAUGCACUCCUCUCCGUCUACGUCUGGCGCCCGCGCUUCUUCGUUGUCUUCAACUUCUUCGUCUUCAACUUCUGCUUAUUCGUCUUCUUCUCCUUCUCCUUCUCUUCCCUGUCUUUCUCCGCCUUCUUCUCCUUCUGCUACCGCUCCGCCUCCCUCUCCUUCGUCUUCUCCUUCAACUUCGUUUUCUCCACUCUCCGUCUCACUUCCCCGUUCUGUGCCAGACAGAGUCACAGGGUCGUUUUACGCCGCGUCUGUUCUCUUCGUCGCGCCAUCUCUCAUUCCGGGCACUGGCCAAGGUCUCUUUACUUCUCAACGCCUUCCGAAAGACUCCUGGCUGUGCGAGUAUUUGGGGACGCGUCUGAGCCUUCGACAGAUCCUGCGGGAGCAAAACAGAGCCUACGUGAUAUGCGCAGGGACGCUGAACGCGCAUAUCGAUGCCCGCUUGCAUCCCGAGGUCCUGGCGCGGUACAUCAACGACAAUGCCAAGAAAGAGAAGCUGAACGCGCGGUUCGUUAAAGACAAGGAACGGAGACGCGUCUUCGUUCAAGCUCUUCGGGACCUCGAAGCUGGCGAGGAGAUCUACGCCUCCUACGGCGAGGGAUACUGGAGAAAUCGGCCGUUCUUCGCUAGCGGUGACGGGAGCAAGCAGCUGUUGCCUGGCGAGGCGCUUGAAGAAGAAGACGAGGAACGAAAAGGGAGAUCUUUCGAAUCUUCGAAGGAGGAAAAGCCGGAAAGAGAGGGAGCACUUGGAGGACGAGAGACGCAGAGAGAGCAAGGCGAGGAAAAGUGAAGCAUGAGGAAAGAACACAAGAGGUCGGAGCAGAGGAACCAGAGCUAGCAGCCGAGGAGGGCGGCGAGGAGACGAGGGGACCUUGUUUCUUGAAAGAGCAUAGAACAGCACGAGGACAGGACCUGAGAAGGAGGAACGUCUUUUCCAUUCACGGUUGUGUUGAGGACGCUCAUUCUUUUCAACGCUUCGCUAUCCUUUUUCUGUCUCGAGGCGAAACGCGCUUUGGUUUUGAUGACGAGACGCGCCUUGGUCAGGCUGUUUCUCUCUGCGCUUUCGUUCAAUUUCUUUUACUGCUGUCUCUCGUCCUUGUCUCUCGUUCGGUUUCCACACGAGUUUCGUCGAACGUUCUUUCUUCCCCGGUUGUAUCGCUUUCCGUUUCUCUUUCCUUUUCUCUAUCAUGUUUUUCUCCUUCGUUUUUGAAUCAGGAGUCGCAGGUGCUCGAACAUCAUGACUCUACGACUUUUUUGCGUCGUACGCGCGUCCCUGAUUCCUCCCUCAUCUC